AUACUCAGAAUUUUUCUUACAAAACAGUCCUCUCUCUCUCCAUCUCUAUCUCUCUAUGUGCUUGUACUGAUCAUAAGGUUUCUUAGUUGAUAUAGUAUAUAUACAAACAGACAGGCUAAAAAGGUAUAUAUAUAUAGAGAGAGAGAAAGAGAGAGCGAUGGCCGGCGGCGGAUUCGCGACGGCGGCGUCCGGCGGCGGGACGGAGUUCGAGGCGAGGAUUACUCCGAUCGUCAUAAUUUCUUGCAUCAUGGCGGCCACCGGCGGUCUAAUGUUUGGCUACGACGUCGGCGUUUCAGGUGGAGUGACAUCCAUGCCUGAUUUUUUAAAGAAGUUCUUCCCAGUGGUGUACCGGAAGACCCAAGAUCCGGGACUAAAUAGUAACUACUGUAAGUACGACAAUCAGGGCCUGCAGCUCUUCACCUCCUCGCUGUACCUGGCCGGAUUGACGUCCACAUUCUUCGCUUCCUACACUACCCGGAAACUUGGCCGGAAACUCACCAUGUUGAUCGCCGGAAUAUUCUUCAUCGCCGGCGUCGUCCUCAACGCCGCCGCGCAGGACCUCGCCAUGCUCAUCAUCGGCCGGAUUCUUCUCGGCUGCGGCGUCGGCUUCGCCAAUCAGGCAGUGCCGCUGUUCUUAUCAGAAAUAGCGCCGACAAGAAUCCGCGGCGGUCUCAACAUUUUGUUCCAACUCAACGUCACCAUCGGAAUCCUCUUCGCCAAUCUCGUCAACUACGGCACCGCCAAAAUCAAAGGGGGUUGGGGGUGGCGCGUGUCCCUCGGCCUCGCCGGAAUUCCCGCCGGCCUCCUCACCGUCGGCGCCCUCCUCGUCGUCGACACUCCCAACAGCCUUAUCGAGCGCGGCCGCCUCGACGAGGGCAAAUCGGUCCUAAAAAAAAUCCGCGGUACGGACAACGUGGAGCCGGAAUUCAUGGAGCUGGUGGAGGCCAGCCGGGUGGCGGCGGCGGUGAAGCACCCGUUCCGCAACCUGAUGAGGCGGCGAAACCGCCCGCAGCUGGUGAUCGCCGUCGCGCUGCAGAUCUUCCAGCAGUUCACCGGAAUCAACGCGAUUAUGUUCUACGCGCCGGUGCUGUUCAACACCGUCGGCUUCGGCAACGACGCCGCGCUCUACUCCGCCGUCAUCACCGGCGCCGUCAACGUCCUCUCCACGGUGGUGUCGAUUUACUCCGUCGAUAAAUUGGGGCGGCGCUUGCUGCUGCUGGAGGCCGGAGUUCAGAUGUUCAUUUCUCAGAUAGUUAUUGCGAUUGUAUUGGGGAUCAAAGUUAAGGAUCACACCGACAAUCUCCAUCACGGAUACGCGAUAUUCGUGGUGAUAUUGAUCUGCACAUUCGUGUCGUCGUUCGCAUGGUCAUGGGGGCCAUUAGGGUGGCUGAUUCCGAGCGAGACGUUCCCGUUAGAGACACGGUCGGCAGGGCAGAGCGUGACGGUCUGUGUGAAUCUUCUGUUUACGUUUGUGAUCGCACAGGCGUUUCUGUCGAUGUUGUGCCAUUUCAAGUACGGGAUUUUUUUGUUCUUCUCCGGGUGGGUUCUAGUGAUGUCGUUCUUCGUGUUGUUCUUGGUGCCGGAGACGAAGAAUGUGCCGAUCGAGGAGAUGACGGAUAGGGUGUGGGCGAAGCAUUGGCUAUGGAAGAGGUUUAUGGAUGGAUAUGACGUGGAUGAGGAGAACGGGAAGAAAUGGAAUUCCGAGUUGUGAGAGGUUAAUUGGAUUAGUGACACAAUACGUUGUAUUACUGUGUAAAAGUUGUAUUGGCGCGAUAAAUACUUCGUUGAAUUUGUGCCAAUUUUAGUAUAUUGGCGCGAUUUUUUACGCUGUAACUUUAAUUGACGGUAAAAAAAUAAUUUAUAGAGAUAGUCAUAUAUGUAGUGUGUGUAUGCAUGCAGUAAGAAAAUUGGAAUUUAUAGAAAUGAGAGGUUUAUUUCAA